AUGAUGAUAUUAGGACAUUCUGGUCUCUCAGAUGAUCAAAAGCGUGUUCACAUGGGUAUGUGGUGUAUGUUCGCUGCUCCACUGUUAAUCACAACUGACUUGGAAAAUUGGGAUAAAGUUAGUGCAUCUCUGUUCAGCAACAAAUACCUGAUAGCCAUAGAUCAAGAUAAAGGUGGACAUCUGGCAGAAUAUAUCACCACACGAAAUGAUGUGCAGAUGUGGAUUCGGAAAUUAGAUGAAUGUCCAGUCGGCUGGGCAAUCGCUUGUGUCUACACGAAGAUUGGUGGACGAUCGACCAAUUUCCGUACAAGUCUUGAUGAAUUCAAAUCAUCCACCUAUACGAUAUCUGGAGAAAAGUUCGAAUUGAUGGAUGUAUUCACUGGCACAACAAUCAGAGAUGUAGCACUGACAGAGAAGUUCGAGAUUUCCAUCAAUCCAACUGGAAUCAGUAUGAUUCGUGUCAAACCAUACACAAUUGAGUACAGUUAUGUAUAGAACGAUCCGUGUUUCAUUACGUAAUUUUCACCGAAAUAACAGUUGUUGUUUUCCA